AUGUCUAAAACAUCAAUUUUGUUUAUCUUUUUAUUGUUGGCAGUCUCAACUUAUGCCAAAGAUUCUGUAAUUGUUUUUUGGAAUAAUCCAGCACCUACAAAGACUUUAAAUUUGAAAACUGGAGAUACUGUUAGUUUCUACUCUUUUGAUGGAAAGUCUCAUAGUAUUACUUCCAAUGAUGGAACUUUUAAUGGACAAGUUUCAGGAUCCAUUAGUUCACCAGGAAUCUACACUGUACAAGUAGAUAAAGCUGGAACUUUUAUGGUUGCCAGUAAAGGAGAAGAGAAGGAUAUGACCAUUCAAAUUCAAGUGGUCGGAAGCGGACAACCCUCGGCCACCACUGGAACUCCUUCUACCACAUCUUCGCAAUCCUCUACCACUACUGGUUCACAAACCACCACUGGAAAGCCAGGCUCUACCACUACAACCUCUUCAUCAUCAUCUUCGUCGACUGGACCAUCUACCAGCUCCAAUCCAACUACCUCUUCGACUACCUCCCAUAACGGUGGAACCACCUCUGCUCCAGUAAGUACCACAUCGACUUCUUCGACUACGGGAAAACCAAGUUCCACUUCUACUACCACUUCUUCCUCUACUUCAUCUUCAUCAUCAUCUACCACCUCCUCCACUACUUCAGGUGGUACUGGUUCUAGUUCAACUACUACUAGUGCUUCUACUACUGGUUCAAUAACCACUGGAGGUAGUUGCUCUGGAUCUAUUGAUGUAACUAAAGUUCUUCGUUCUUCUUGGUUAUCAGGUACUGAUAAAUUCUACCAAUAUGAUAUCACCUUGAAAAAUACUGGAAAUCAACCAAUUUCUUCGAUUCAAGUUUCCAUGGUCAAUUCUGAAAUCACCGAUCUCUGGGGAUUGGACAAGAAUUCCAAUGGAAACUAUAAUUUACCAAAUUGGGUUCCUCAAUUGAAUGUUGGUCAAACUCACUCUUUUGGUAUUACAUCCAAGACUCAAACUCCAAAGAUUACUGCAACCUGUGGUACUAAUCCAACUCAAACUCCAACUCAAACUCCAACCCAAACUCCAACUCAAACUCCAUCACAAACACCAACCCAAACUCCAACUCAAACUCCAACUCAAACUCCAACUCAAACUCCUACUCAAACACCAUCUCAAAAAUGUUCAGGAACAAUCUCACAGGAGAUGCAAUCUUCAUGGGUAAACAAUGGAAAGGCAAUGAAAUUGGUUAAUGUAAAGAUCAGAAACACUGGUUCAAGUGAUAUAAAAUCUACCAAGUUUAUUCUAGAUUCAAACUAUGAGCAAAUUUGGGGAGUCACCAAAGUUAACAACAACCAAUACACAACCCCAACAUACCAAAGCAGUAUUAAAUCAAAUUCUUUCUACGAAUUCGGUUACAUCAGUACAGAGAUUGGAUUGAUCUCUCAGGUCACAUAUGAAUGUUAA